AUGAUUGAGCUUGGCCUAAAUCGCAUCAGUCGUCUUUUGAGGCAUACCCCUCAACCUUGGAAAGCCAUUCAUGUUGCAGGUACCAAUGGAAAAGGUUCAAUAUGUGCCUAUUUAUCUGCGAUGCUACACGCCAGUGGUAUUCGUUGUGGCAGAUUUACUUCACCUCAUUUAAUUGAUAGGUGGGAUUGUAUUACCAUUGAUGAGCAACCGAUUCGAGAAUCUAUCUUCCGCGAGGCUGAGACUCUAGUGUUAAACCGAAAUCAAACAGAGAACCUCGAGGCAUCCGAAUUCGAAUUACUCACAGCCACGGCAUUCGAAGUAUUUUAUAAAGAGAAGGUAGAGAUGGGAGUGAUCGAGGUUGGCUUAGGAGGACGAUUGGAUGCCACAAAUGCCAUGGAAAACAAGGCCGUUACUAUAAUUUCCAAGAUUGGCCUAGACCACCAAUCAUUCCUUGGAAAUACAAUCGAGGAAAUAGCUCGAGAAAAAGCGGGAAUUAUGAGACCUGGUGUUCCUUGUGUUUUGGAUAGGAGCAAUAUUCCUUCUGUGCAGGAAGUAAUCUCAAAUCAUUCCAAAGAAAUUGGAACAGAUGUGGUCAUUAGUUCAACGGAAUCAGCAUUUCUGGACGAAAUCAAAGAGCAAGAUUUCGAACCACAUCAAUUGGAGAAUUUAGCUUGCGCAUAUACCGCAUUUCAUUUAGCAUAUACUAAAUUAGAAUCACCUCUCCAUCGACUACUGCCAGCCAUACAAAACAUUCACUGGCCCGGUAGGCUCCAAACUACUGAUGUUAGAGCUGUGACAGGUCGAAAAGAACCUAUAUUACUCGAUGGCGCACACAAUUCUCAAUCCGCAGAAGUUCUCGGUUCAUAUGUCAAUGGAAAGCUUCGAACAAAAUCAAAUAAGGUGACGUGGGUACUGGCAGCUUCCCAAGGCAAAGAACUUGAUGGAAUAAUGAAAGAGAUUUUAAGAGAAGGGGACUGUGUAGCAGCAGUCCAGUUUGGACCCGUAGAUGGAAUGCCAUGGGUUCAAGCCAUGGUUACAGAAGAUAUAUUACAUGCAGCCUCUACCGCUGGUAUAUCUACCGCUUGCUUGCAUGAUUCAGAAUCAGAUAUUUCGGGGGCAUUAAGAUGGGCAGCCACUGUUGCCCAAGGUGGACCUAUCGUUGUGGCUGGUAGUCUUUACUUGGUCUCUGAUGUUUUGCGGCUUUUGAGAGACGCCGAAAAAGUAAAGAAUUCAUUGCUAGAUUAG